GCUCAACCCAACGCAUCUGAUCUUGGAGAGUACCUGCAGCCAUUUCAUCUCAAUAUCCCUCUACUUGCAGAGAUGUUUGAAACUGACGUUUACGCAUUUGAUUACUCUGGAUUUGGGUACUCUACCGGAACGGUGUCGGAAAGAAACAUUUACGCAGAUAUUCGCGCUGUGUUCGAUUAUAUUCGCGCAACCCGACCAGAGAAAAAGAUAGUUUUACUUGGUUAUAGCAUCGGUACAGCGGCUGUUGCCGAUUUGGCUGCAAGCAGGCCAGAAGGACUAGUUGGCGUAGUAAUGGUUGCUCCUUUUACAAGUGGACUACGUCUCUUUGGAAGGAAACCUGGAGAGCCAAACACCAGCAAACUCGAUAGAUUCGUGACGUACGACAAGGUAUCCAAAAUCGUCGUUCCAGUACUUGUUUGCCAUGGAGGCUGUGAUGAAGCUAUACCGGUGGAACAUGGUUUGGAAAUUGUAAAGAGAGCCCCCCGUGCUGUCACACCUUUGAUAAUCCGUGGAGCAGAUCACAUGUCCAUAUUUAAUGGGAAAUAUUUGCGGACAUUUAGAAGAAUCAGAAAGUGA